AGGUCCCAGUAAGGGGGAAUUGAUGUCUUAAUAGUUAAACAUGAUUGAACAGAAAAAAGAAAAAGAAGAAUUUAAACAAGGUGAAUCGGUCUUGGCAAAUUCUCCAAUUCGGCAAAAGGAGGGAGGAAUCGCAACCCAACCACCAUUGUUCCCCUUCGCAUGCUCUUUCCAUCGCACCACCACACCAUUCCCCUGCACCCUCACACACCAGAUCCAACGAUGAACGAUUUCGAUGGCCUCUUCACCUCCGAUUUCGGCCUCAAACCCCAGGGCAAAUCCGCGCCAAUGGCUCCCCAAUCCAAGGGAUCUUCCAACUCCGCAUCUCUCAACCUCGAUUUCGGAUCGCGAUCCUCCUCCAACUUCGACGAUCUCCUCGCCGGCGCCGGAUCCGACAAUCGCCGCUCCGAUUCCCCCUUCGAUUUGGAUUCCAUGUACGGCGGUCCCCCUGCCAGGUCCACCAACUCGCCGCCGCCUCCGGUCUACGACAAACCGGUGUACGACGAUGACAUUUUCGACGGUGUGCCGGGGCUGAAGAGCACCUCAAAGGUUAAAUUCGAUGAUGUUUUCGCCACGACGACAGAGAGUGGUCGUGGCGCCGCGUUUGACGAUCUUCUCGGCGGGUUUGGGAAGGAAUCGAAGAGUUCGGAUGGGAAGAGAUCGGAGAAGGAUGGGAAAGGUGUUUCCGAUUUAGAUGAUUUGCUUGCUGGAUUCGGACACAGUAGGUCAUCGUCUGGUGGAAGGCACACUCCUGAUAUCGGUUUAUCCUCGGAACCAACUGCCAGUGCAUCUAAAACAACCCCCACUUCAGCAGAAGACCCUUUCAAAGUAUUUGAAUCAGCUUCAGCCCCAGUGGAUUCAUCUGCAGGCCACUUUAUGGACCCAUUGGAGGAAAUUAGUAAAUUUAGUAGUUCCAGAAGCACAAAAAAUGAUAGUUCUUCAACUUCAAAUGGCAAAGUAUAUGAAGAUAUUGAUCCUUUUGAUGGUCUUGGAAAAUCUGCACCAGCUUUCUCAUCAGAGAGAAAUAGCAGGAAGGGUAGCAGUUCCCCAAGGUUGAAUACAAGCACAAGUUGGACUGGAGAUAAAGAACCAGUUGAUAAAAUAUCUGGGAGGAGUCCUGAGAGGCACACACAAAACAAGAUUCCUGUUGAAAAUGAUCGAGAAUUUCCACAUGUCCCAUUUCACAUGCCUACCUAUUCAUCUGAUUCUGAUAAACCAGUUGGCCCAAGGCCUACUUCCCCUCCAUAUGAUAAUGUGGAUUUUAGACAAACCAAUGUUCAGGCAGAUAUGUCUCCGAAAUAUGAAGAUAACUUGGAACCAAGUGAGGAUAUAUGGUUGACAGUAUCAGAGAUUCCUCUUUUUACACAACCAACUACUGCUCCACCACCUUCAAGACCCCCUCCUCCACGGCCAGUACAUAUUCCCAAGUCAGGAACAAGUUCACCAGCUUCUGCCAAUGCUAGAAAGAAGACUAAUGAAUUUUCUUCUUUUCCUGGCUCUACCCGAUUCGCUCAGGGUCCUAAGUCUGCUCCAGCUGCUGAAAGGGUACCCCCUUCAUCUCAGUUUGAUGAACUUGAUGAUUUUGCAAUGGGCAGAAGUCGUGGUAAUGAUAAUGAGAGUGCAAAUGGUUUUCUUCCUGAUGAAGAAUUAGAGAUGAACUCUGCUGCUGCGGCUAUGAAGGAGGCAAUGGAUAGAGCCGAAGCCAAGUUCAGGCAUGCAAAGGAAGUUAGGGAGAGAGAGUAUUCAAAGGCUGCUAGGAGUAAAGAAGCUGUGCAAAUGGAAAAAGAUGAGAGAACUGUGCUAGAGGAGCGAGAAAACCAGGAAAGGUUAGACCGUGAACGGCAGCAAAAGGAGAGGGAAGAAAAGGAGCAGAGAAGACUUAUGAAAGAAAGGGAGGAGAAAGAAAGAGAACAACAGCGACUUGAGAGGGAAAGGGCAAGACAGGCUGUAGAGAGAGCUACUAGAGAAGCACGUGAAAGAGCAGCUGCUGAAGCACGCCAAAGAGCUGAGAGGGCUGCUGUUGAGAAAGUUAACGCUGAAGCUCGAGGACGUGCUGAAAGAGCUGCAGUGCAAAGGGCACAAGCUGAAGCUCGAGAAAGGGCUGCUGCAGAGGCGAAGGAAAGAGCUGAAAAAGCUGCUGCAGAGGCAAAGGAGAGGGAAACACGGGAAAGAGCUACAGCUGCAAGGGCUGAAGCAGAAGCACGAGUUAAAGCAGAACGUGCCUCCGUAGAAAGGGCUGCUGCCGAGGCCCGAGAAAGGGCAGCAGCUGCUGCAAGGAUGAACCAACAAAAGAAUGAAAAUGAUCUUGAAUCCUUCUUUGGCAUGGGUGCACGAGCUAGCAGUGUUCCAAGGCCUCCUAGGGCUAACUCUUCAGACAAUGUUUUUGAAUCCCAAUUUCAGUCCGAUGUAACAAGGAAAUCUACAAGUGCAUCUACAAGUAUGAAGAAAGCAUCAUCUUCCACUAAUAUUGUUGAUGAUCUUUCCUCAAUUUUUGGAGCUGCUCCAACAUCUGGAGAGUUUCAGGAAGUUGAAGGGGAAACUGAAGAAAGGCGACGAGCCAGGUUGGAGCGCCACCACAGGACUAAGGAGCGUGCUGCUAAAGCAUUGGCGGAGAAGAAUCAGCGGGACUUACAAACUCAAAGAGAACAAGCUGAGAGACAUAGGCUUGCCGAAACACUGGAUUUUGAAAUUAAGCGCUGGGCUGCAGGAAAAGAGGGGAAUUUACGAGCUUUGCUUUCCACCUUACAAUAUGUACUGUGGCCUGAAUGUGGUUGGCAGCCAGUUUCUUUAACUGAUUUGAUUACAGCUGCUGCUGUUAAAAAAGCCUAUAGGAAAGCUACGUUGUGUAUCCAUCCUGAUAAAGUGCAGCAGAAGGGUGCCAAUCUACAGCAGAAAUAUGUUGCAGAGAAGGUGUUUGAUCUACUCAAGGAAGCCUGGAAUAAAUUCAAUUCUGAGGAGCUUUUCUAGCCUUUUGAUACAUUGAUCUACUUCAAGGUAAUUGGUUCAACGAUUCUAUUCGGAGGGGACCACAACCCUGUUUCAUUACCUCCCUAAUAGCAUAUUUGUUUUGAUUGAAGUUACAAUUCAUCAAUGGUGAAAUACUGCUUCCUUGUCUGGCGUCUCUAAAAUCUUCUUGGGUGUAAUUGAUAUCCUUCGAGGGGUUCGUUGGGUUCUUCAAAUGUUUAUUAAUGUAGCAUGUUUUAUUGAUGUAAAAUAUCUUUUUGUGCUAUCAAUUUCAUUAUUCAUUAUCCCUGCCUAGUGAGGGCUCAUGAGUCAUCCUUUUUUUCCGGGUUCAAGAGAGGAUCCACCCUGAAGUGGGUCCUGGGUGGCCCUCCUUUUAUACUUGUGGUAUGUAUAGUAGGAUGUCUUGAAUACAUAUAACCAUGGAUUGACACCAAAAGCUGCAAUUUAUACAUGGAUCUUCGCACAAGCUUCUGCAUUUUAUACAUUUAAAUUUGUUUGUCAUCAGCGGUGUUCCGUUGAGUUUGUUCAACUAUUUUGUUUGAUGCUGGGACGGCAUAGUCUUUUAGUCUACUGAUGAAAAACUUUUGUACGUUUUUUCAUUUGUUCUUGAAUAAUUCUGUAUAUAUUCAACUUUAUUUCUAUGUACAUAUUGCGGGUGGUGUAUAUAAGGCAUGUCGAGUUAAGCUCUUGAAAGUUUCGACUUAGUUUGUAUGAAGGUGUCAAACUUUGAUUCAUUUGGUUAAAUGAGUCAAAUUAAGGGCAAGUAAAGCUUCCACGUGGUCUGUAUAAUGAUGUUAUUAAAAUUUGACUUAUUUAGUUAAAUAAGUCAAA